AUGCCUCGCGCUUCAGCAUCGGCAAAGCGACAGCACGGUGCCUCGAACCAGCGCGAUACCCGACACGAGAAUGGCUUGGUAGGCCCGGGGAAGCGCAUUCCCAAGCAGCAGAAGAGUCAGAACCAGCUCAACGGCAACUCCACCCCAAACAAGCAGCAGCAGCAGCAGCCCGCCGUCGACGAUGCAGCUGUCCCGCCUGUCCCCUCGACGCCGCCCCCAACCACAAACGGUUACUGCAAGUCUCCCACCGAAAUGCCCGCCGAGCACAAGACGACCGACUCUCUGAGGAGAGCAUCGCUUGGCACAUACUCGGAGUCCUCCUCGUCCGAAUCCUACAACUCUCACCUUGGGAAUACCAGCCCGGAGGACAAUCACCGUCGCAUCGAUGUCAAUGCUACCAAGAACUCCAACGUGCAUCGUGACACAGGCAUCCUUGAUUUCACCCUCACCGUCCUUCGAUCUUGUCCCCUGCAAGACACCAUCGCCAUCCUGAUCAUCUUGAUGCAGAUCCCGCCUCUGGCUCUCUCCGGCAUUUACGUGCUCUUCACCCUGCUCACCUUUGUGACUAGCAACGGCUUGAACUUGAGCGAUGUUUUCGAGUGGAAUCUUGGUGCUCCUUCCCUGGCCACAGUUAUAUGCGUCGAUGCCAUCGUACUCCUCAUCUGGCUUUUCCUCUGGGGACCGAUACAACACGUCAUUCUCGAUCUGGCACAGAUGGUAAUCGCGCUGGGAUUAGGAGGCGGUUCGAGCUCAAGAGACGGAGGGUCCAUGAAAAAUACUCUAAUCUGCCUAAGCAUGAUCCUGCUUUCUCAUGUUCUGCGCCAUACCAAGAUGAAGUAUUCUCCGGUGGGCUAUCUGAUGGGUUCGAGCCGUUUCAUGGUUCCCGAUUUUGACGAUCCUCUCGAAGCCCUUGAUUCUAUCCGUGGUUACGACAAGGUCCAAGCGGGAUGGUUUGGCUGGGUCAAGAGCAUACUGGCCAUUCAUAUAUUGACCCAGGGUUUGGUCAAGUACAUACGCGAUUGGUAUUUGAGACGGGAAAGACGGGACAAUCUGGCUCUGACUGCUGCCGAUCCUGAAGCUGGGAAAUCCUAUGCUGCGGAUAACGACGGUGGCUUCUCUACGCCUGAUAGCGAUGCCGUUCAAACGUCAACAGCAUUAACAACAAAAAAGAAAAGAAAACAUAGUGCACAGGUCCGGAAUCGCCAACCGCUUUGGGCAGCUCUGGCAAGCACCAAAGUCGUCGUGGUAAAGGAAUACGAGCUUACGCAUGCAACAGCGGAAUCCGCCGGCUCGAAUGCUACUGACAUCCACAACCUCGGAAACGCACCGUUCAAUACGCAGCCUGGGCAGAUUUGGAUAUCAUACGUGGGUUGUGAUGAAGUCUGCUUCAACACCAGCGAAUUUCCCGUUCAACCAGCGCCCGAAAGCCAAUCUGACGGGUCGAGGGUCGAUUUAUCAAAGCCUUUUUACGUGAGAGUCAACAACGCUAUCUGGCAGCCCACUCGAAUGACACCUGUGGAAAACACAGAGGAGGACUGUAGGCAGGGAGUUCGAUGGAGCGGAGACAUAUACGGACUGACUCCCAUGUCAAAUUACGAGUGCGAGUUCGUCUGCACGGCUACUCACGAAAUCCUGUUCUCGACGAGUGUUAGGACUACUCAGGCCAAGACAGCAGAUGUCGAUGCCAGCAGCUCCAAGCCGAAUAGUCAGCGGUCGCUACGGCCUGACUCUCCCUUCACUACGCUCAAAACCUCGAUUGCUGCAGCAGAAAGCAAGCUGGCCGAAGAGAAGUCUCGUCAAAAGGCACUUCGGAAGGAGUUUCACCGCAAGACAAAUGCCAUGAAGAAAGAAAACGAAAAGCUAUCUGCAGCAGUCCAGUCAGCUGGCACCGGUGAUGACAAGCUACGACAAAAGAUUCAGCAGAACACCACGCAGCAGAAGCAGGCGGAGCACGCAACGUCAAGUCUGGAGGCGGAACUGAAGGAGUUUGAGAAGAUUCCCGAGUCUUUGAAAUCCUCCUGGAAGAGCAAGCAAUCAGCCUGGACCAACGAGAAGGCCAAGUACGACGGGGCCGUCGCUGCGUUCAAGAGCUUCAAGGCUUCAGUUGAUGGCGGGAUCAAGGCCUUGGAAGAAGAGAAGGCGAGCCUUCAAGCCAAGAGGAACAAGAUCAGCAGCCGUAUCUCCAAGGUGGAUGGUGAGCAUGCGCGUAUAGCUGAUGCCAAUGCUCGUGGACUCGAUGAAGCAGAACGCCGACGCCAGGCCCGGGAAAAUUACGAAAAGGAAAUGGCCAGAAUGGAGCGUGACCUGAUUGCUCGGAUCACUGAGAUCGAGGCUGCCAUUCACACUAAGGAUUCUGAGAACUUGUCUCUCAAGAUGCAGCUGGAUUCUUUCCACACGCAGCAGCAGGCCGCCUACGCCUACGCGACAGCUUACGAUUUCCCUGAAGCCGCUGGUCAAUUCACGUCGCCUGGCGCUGGGCCGCACGCCCAGCCCAGUGUGUCAAACCCCGCGCCUUAUGAUGCUACAGCCGCCUGGUCUAACAGUCUCUACAACAAUUCGCUAUGGGCUGCGCCAGGUCUCGCGUCCGCUUUUGCUCCACAGUCAACUGGAAUGUCCCAUCCUCCGCGACCCGCGGCCAAGGCUAGAAACCGCUCGUCGUCCAUGCUGAGCGAUGUAUCUCACUUCACGGAGAGCAGCAAGGCCGAAGAGGAGUGGAACAAGUCUACUCCCGCAGCCACCUACACUCCAGGCGUGCCUAGGUUCUCAGGACUUCCUCCUCCUGGCUUCGGGUAUCGCGAUGGCGUGGCUGUUAGCGAUGGAUCUUGCAGUCUUAGCGGUGGUAGCGUUAGUAGUGGUAGUAGCAGAGAUCCCAUGAGUCCUCCGCCUUCCUAA